AUGUGUGGCCAACGAUGGAAGAGAAUCGUUGCUUUUUGGACAUUAGUCUUCGUGAGGACAGUUACUGGGCUUGCUGGAGAGGGAAGAGCUGUGUGGAAAAAGGACCCCCACUUCAGCCCUGUGAGUGAAACACAGAUGUUUCUAUAUGACACCUUCCCCAAAGACUUUCUCUGGGGUAUAGGGACGGGGGCUUUCCAGGUGGAAGGCAGCUGGAGGAAGGACGGGAGAGGCUCCUCCAUCUGGGACCACUUCAUCCACUCAGAGUUCAGGGAUUUUGAUGGCACAGACACUUCCAGUGACAGUUACACCUUGUUGGACAAAGAUUUGUCUGCUCUGGAUUUUUUGGGAGUUACUUUCUACCAGUUUUCAAUUUCAUGGUCAAGGCUUUUUCCUACUGGAGUGGUAGCAGCUCCCAAUGAAAAAGGACUCGAGUAUUACAACAGCCUUAUUGACUCUCUGCUCUACAGAAACAUUGACCCCAUGGUUACGCUGUACCACUGGGACCUGCCCUUGAUGCUGCAAGACAAAUAUGGGGGAUGGCAAAACGAAUCACUGAUUGAUAUCUUCAAUGACUAUGCCACCUUUUGCUUCCAGACCUUUGGAGAUCGUGUUAAGUACUGGAUUACAAUCCACAAUCCAUAUGUAGUGGCUUGGCACGGGUAUGGCACAGGUAUUCAUGCUCCUGGAGAGAAAGGGGAAAGAGCAACUGUCUACUCUGUAGGACACAAUUUGAUCAAGGCUCAUGCAAAAGUUUGGCAUAGCUACAAAAAACACUUUCAGCCACACCAGAAGGGGAUGAUGUCCAUAGUAUUGGGAUCCCACUGGAUAGAACCAAACAAAUCAGAUGAUGCUUUGGACAUCUCUAAGUGUCAGCAUUCAAUGGAGAGAGUCCUUGGAUGGUUUGCUAAACCCAUCCACGGGGAUGGAGAUUAUCCAGAAGAACUGAAAAAUGAGUUCUCGUUUUUGCCACGCUUUACUGAGGAUGAGAAAAACUACAUCAAGGGGACAGCUGACUUCUUUGCCUUCUCCUUUGGUCCUACUAACUUCAAACCUCCAAGCACUCUACCAAAAAUGGGACAAAACUUGUCACUCAAUUUGAGGGAAGUCCUGAACUGGAUUAAACUGGAAUACAACAACCCUCGCAUCCUGAUUGCAGAGAAUGGCUGGUUCACGGACAGCCAUGUGAAAACAGAUGACACCACAGCCAUCUACAUGAUGAAAAACUUCAUUAAUAAGGUUCUACAAGCUAUUAAAUAUGACAACGUGGAUGUGUUUGGUUACACAGCCUGGUCACUCCUUGAUGGCUUUGAAUGGCAACACGCUGACAGCAUCAGGCGUGGAUUAUUUUACAUAGAUUUCAAAAGUGAGAAGAAGGAAAGGAUUCCCAAGUCAUCUGCACUUUACUACAAACAAAUCAUACAGGAAAAUGGCUUCUUUCCAAGGGAGUCUACCCCAAGCUUGCAAGCUCAGUUUUCCUGUGACUUCUCGUGGGGUGUCACUGAGUCUGUUCUUAAGGCAGAAUCCAUGGCUUCCUCACCACAGUUCUGUGAUUCCAGCCUGUACCUCUGGAACAUCACCGGAGAUGGGUUGCUACACAAAGUUAAAGGGGUGAAGCUCAAAACCCGGCCAGCACAGUGCACGGAUUUUGUCAGUAUUAAAAAGCAGCUUGACCUGCUGGAGAAAAUGAAAGUCACACAUUACAGGUUUGCACUUGACUGGUCACUAAUUUUACCCAGCGGAGAUCAGUCAGUGGUCAACAGGCAAGUCUUGAGAUACUACAGAUGCAUGAUUAGCGAAGCACUGAAACUCAACAUUCAAUCUAUGGUCACCUUGUAUUAUCCGACUCACGCCUACCUGAGCCUGCCAGGCCCUCUGGUGCAGGCAGGAGGGUGGCUGAACCAGUCCACUGCCCAGGCUUUUCAAGGCUAUGCAGACCUGUGCUUCCGGGAGCUUGGUGAUCUGGUUAAACUCUGGGUUACAAUAAAUGAGCCAAACCGGCUGAGCAACGUCUACAACAGGAGCAGCAACGAUACAUACCGAGCGGCGCACAACUUGCUACUAGCACAUGCCAUGGCCUGGAGAACGUAUGAUGAGCACUACCGGUCCUUUCAGCGUGGCAAAGUGUCCCUGUCUCUGCAUUCUGACUGGGCUGAACCUGCCAACCCCUACCUUGAAUCUCACUCAAAAGCUGCCAACAGGUUUCUGCAGUUUGAGAUAGGCUGGUUUGCUGACCCCAUAUUUAAGACUGGGGACUACCCAGCUGCCAUGAGGGAGUACAUCAGCUACAAAACGCGGAAAGGCCUCUCUCGCUCGUCGCUGCCAUCCUUCACAAACGAGGAGAGGCAGCUUGUCAAAGGCGCAGCCGACUUCUAUGCGCUGAAUCACUUCACCACCAGAUUCGUCAUUCACGAGCCUCAGAACGGGAGCCAGUAUGAAUUUGAUCGUGACAUUCAGUUCCUGCAGGACAUCACCUGCCUGAGCUCCCCUUCUCGGCUGGCUGUGGUGCCUUGGGGCUUGCGCAAAGUCCUUGGGUGGAUUAAAAAGAACUAUGGGGACAUCGACGUUUACAUCACAGCCAAUGGAAUUGAUGACCAGUCCUUAGACAAUGACGAACUGCGGAACUACUACCUGGGGAAGUACGUACAAGAGGUUUUAAAAGCAUACUACAUUGAUAAAGUCAAGAUUAAAGGCUACUAUGCAUUUAAACUGACUGAAGAAAAAUCUAAACCCAGAUUUGGAUUCUUCACUUCAGAUUCCAAAGGAAAGCCCUCAAUAAAAUUUUACAACAGCCUGAUAAGGAAGAACGGGUUCCCUGCCAACUACUCAGCCUGCGAUUCCUCCCACCAUGAGAAGCAGUGCAGCUUCUGUUUGUUCAUUUCUCAGAAGAAGCCAUUCAUAUUCUUUGCCUGCUGCCUUUUCUCUACCCUCAUCUUGCUUUUAACCAUUGUUGUUUUUCACAAAAGGAAAAAGAGAAAACGUUUUAAGGCAAAAAGCAUCCAGCGUCUCUGUGUUCCUUUAUGAAGAGGGGGCACAAGGCUGUUUUCAGCGAGCCCCAUCAGCUUGCAUUCUACAGAGGACAAUGCAGAUCAGCCAGCUGUAGAAAAGCACUAUGUGAGUCACUCCAGUCACACACCCCAAGCUUGUGGUUGGGAAUGGGAAUGAAUCGUGUGCACAGGAAGAGCAUUCAUUUCAGGUGAAAUUACUUUUAUCCACCUACUGUACAGAGAAGACAAAAUCGUGUAUUAAAACUCACACCAAAAAAAAAACCAAAACAACAAAAAACAUUUGAUGACUCUUCUGUGCCUUAGAAGAACCUCUCGAACAGUCUGACUUGAAAAGAGAUACUGUGAGAACUGAUGUGCACUUUUCUGUGAACCUCUAGGCCAAAGCAUCUUGUGAUGUAGUCAUGUUGUGUUGUUGAGCAUGGACCUGCAGUUACUAAGGUUUACAAAUAAAAGCAUUAUU